AUGUCAACGACAACGGAAAUUCCCGCUGCUUCGUGUCUACCCGAACAACUCCAACCUCAACCUGAUUCUACACCAUCUACAUCAGAUGUACGACCCACUUCAUCCGUAUUCGCUCGUAAUGAAGAAACACCAAUCCACAACGUACCCAUGAGAGUGAUACGUCGACCAUUACCUAGUGAAUUAGACGAAGCAAAGGUACAGACGUUCAUGGAUGAAAUGAAGGCAGGAGAUACUUUUACACCUAUCGAGAUUAUCAAAGUGAAAUCACCCUUAAAGACCAACCCAACCGGUCCACCAGAGACAUUCUACUUCGCAAUGGGUGGUUGUCAUCGAUACGAAGCUACCAAGCGAUUGGGAUUGGAAACUAUCAGAGCGAAGAUCAUCGAGGUGCCCGCUAGUCAGAUGAGGAUUUAUCUAGGUGCGGGAUCACCAUUCUAG